GUCUGUAUUUCUGGAGACAAACAUUUUCACCCAAAACAAGCUACCAGAGAACCAAGACAAAUAUUUAUUACACAUUUGCAGCUGACAGUAAGUUUGAAUCUCAGUACGUAUUCAUGAAAUCUGCUAAAAUCAAAUUUAAAAUUUAAAAUUAAAAGAAAAAAUUUCACACAGAAUCACAGGGUUGAAAUUAUGCUGCUACACAGUUCUCUAUGGUAUAAACCUUUCAAGCAAUUUGCACCACACCCCAAUCAGUGAUCUCAAAGCAGGUGUUUUCCAUCAGCUAUCAAAGGCUAAUCACCUGCUGUGACAGGACAGUGCUAGUGCCAGAUUUCUGCCCAAUUUACUCGGUGCAGAUGAUGAAUUUAUUUAAUACUCAAGAUAUUAUUUUUGUGGUUUUGGCAAUCAUUCAUAAUAACACUCUACUCUCUACUCACAGACUUCAUUGCAAAUAAAUUGAACGACAGCAACAACAUUACCACAAUGAAAUCCAGUGAGGCAAGCAAUAACAGUGGAUGAUUGGAGUCAUGGUUUUUCAAAAAGAAUGCCAAAUUUUACAAUAGGCUACUAAUUUCAAAGACAAAAUUAAGUCAGACAAUUAAAUUAUUUUCUGUAAUGUCCUUGUGCAAACACCUAUUUUCUUUUUUUUUGUAGGUUCAUCUUUGAGGUGUACCACAGUUUUGCACUCACACAGUUUUUCUAUCCAAUGGAUGAUUGCAGCUGAUAUUUCAGGGGCACUGACCUUUUGUUUCAAUAUCAAAUAAGUGGUGUAGAUAAUGUGUCUAAAUUGGGAAUUUGUUUACAAACUAUGUGAUUAGCUGACACACUUGUGUUGCUUACUCCACUGGACUCCGUCCCAGUAAUGUUGACGUGUCCUCAGAUUUCAGCAACUACUGUUUCAGUUGAGUGUUCCCUUACCAGUAGCAACCGCACAGUUCCAUAGCAGGUACAGUUUAGUUAGCUGACAUUGUUGAAUCCAUCCUUUUGCCAGGAAUCUUUUAUCUGCUGUCAAAAUGCCCUUGUUGGAGCAUUAUCUGUAGGUCCUCUUUUUAUAACAGCCGUUUUGUGAUUAUUCAUUGGUCAUUUUGUAGAAUUUAGUUUUCCUGCGAUGAGUUUUCUGCCAACCCAGCUAGCCCUUCUAGCUGUCUGAGGCUAUUGUUUGCUAAUACAACAUGCUAAGUAACUGUUAAUUUACUGUUGGGCAAACUGUUAUGUAUUUUACUCUUUUUACCUUUUGUAGGUUCUACAUCCGUGGUGGAAAGUAACUAAGUACAUUUACACAAGUAGGAUUUAAAAUGCAGGACUUUUACUUGUAAUAGAGUAUUUUUGCAUUGUUGUACUGGUACUUUUUCUUAAGUAAAGGAUCUGAAUACUUCUUCCACCGCUGCUCUACAUAUAUAUUUGCUAGAUUAACUGCUUUGUUGUACUUCUUAUGAUGACUUAAAGGAAUAGUUCGACAUUUAUUCAUUUUCUGAUGGGAUAGGUGAAAAGAUUGAUACCACUCUCAUAUCUGUCAGUUAAAAUAUGAAGUUACAACCAGGAGCCAUUAGCUUAGCACAAAGACUGGAAACAGGAGGAAACAGCUAGCCUGGCUCUGUUCACUAAUUAACACUUUAUAUCUUGUUUGUUUAAUCUGUACAAAAGCUUAAGUAUAUAAACGACAAUUUGCUGUUUUAUGGGGGACUAUUUCUUGGCUGCAGCACUAAACUGCCUGGAAUCUCUGCUUACCGGCUGCUGGCUUUAUCCUUUAUCCUUUAGAGAUAUGAAAGUGGUAUCAAUCUUCUCAUCUAACUCUUGGCAAGAAAACGAAUAAGCGUAUUUCCCAAAUGUCAAACUAUUGCUUUAAUGUUGAUCUUUCACUGGUGAUAUUUUGUUUCUUCCUAGCACGGAAGACAAUGUUACUGAUUUGACAGUUAUGAAUUUAGCUUCCUUGUUACUGUACUAAUUAAUUUUUGCAGUACCUUUGGUCUAACUCUGAUUUGUGGUAUCUCUUUUUUUCCCUGAAUUGUAAUACCUGUUAUUGAAUUUGUUGUCCAAUACUGUUUUCACAGUUUCACAAGUGCUUCCAGGAAAGGCCAACUCCUGUCGUCAGCUUUUACUGGGAGUGUGUUUAGCUUGCUGCAUAGCUGUGCAAUCUACACGCACAGUGAGGGCAGGAAGAGUUACUUUCUGAAUAAAAUGCCACGUUAAUCCAUAAGAAUGACGACCAAAAUGAUAAAAAUAAGACCCAGAUUAAAUGAAAAAUCUUGAAUUCUGAGUUAAAACAUGUGAAUGCAAUCACUAAUCAUGUACAGCUUCUUAAAAUGGCUGAUGCAGUAAUUCCACAGCUCAAUUGUUCCUCUUACUAUUUGACUGCAGAGACCAUUUUCUUCCUUAUUUCCACCAGUAAAGGUUCUAACCAUAGAUAUAGUAAGCCUACGUAAACUCAUUUUAUCCACCUUUUACAGGUUUAUAUAAACCAGCAUAACUUGAAUUCAGAUUAUAUAUUCUAGUGAUAUAUUAGGCCAAUGUCAGUUAAGAUAAGUGUUUUUUAGGAGAAGGGUUUAAAUUGUGGCGUAUCAGGUGGAGGAAAGAAUGGAAUUGUUUUUAUUUAUUUUUGUAGUAGAACGUGUUUGCCUUAUAAUGCUCACAGAAGGUGGUUCCACUUGACUUCUUCAUCAAUGACUAUACUUCCCACUAGAGGGCAGCCUCUACCCGAAUCUGUCCUCAAUCCCCUCCUUCCACCAACCAAACUGUAGCAGCCCUGCUGCCCGAGGACAUCAUUACACACUCAAUAAAGCAAUAGUCAGUCAUUUUCUCUGCUUAAUUGAUCCCACUGCUACCCAACAAUGCGUGGUGUGACAUUUUUUUAUUGCAGCAGAAACAGCAGCAUGUCUCAGAGUAAGGCAUGCUAUUUGUAAUUAUCUUGUUGUGUUCUUGCAUGACCAGCCAUCUGAAGACAGCAUGCAGUACACUUGUUGGUCAGUGGACGAGGUCAGGGGCUCAGCAGUGCACUCCUCCUUGAGCUGUCUGUAUAGCUGUAAUGACAUUGUCCUGGGAUUUACCGGGGCUUGUGAAACACUCGUCUGGAGGACAAGAACACCACAGGCUCUUACUCAAUCCAAAACUGUUUUGGAACAGAUAUAGAAAUUGAAAUCAUAAACAAACACAGGGGAGGCCUGAUAAGAUAAUGUUUAUGUUUACUAUGCAAGUUUAGAGCGCACAGUCAGUCAUCCUCUCUCUCUCUCUCACCCUCACACACACGCACAUGCACGAUGACACUAAUGACACUAAUGUGCAUUAUCUAACACAGACAACCAUUUGCAUUCACAUUAAGCUCUGAUAUUUUUAAAUUUCCAAUUUAACCAACCAGAGGAAGGAAAUCAAAGUACAUAGUGCAGAAAAUGCAAGGCCUCAUUCACCAAAAAUUGAGUUAUGUAAAGGAACUUCUUUUUGGAAUAUUUACUGUGACUCUUCAGACCUAUUCACAGUCCAUUUCUGAGCAAAGAAAUCUUGAUCUACAUUUAACUGCACAACGGAAAAGCCUGUGCUACUACUGAAUAUAUAAAAACUAAUUCAAUAGAGACAGGAAAACAGGAGAAAUGCACACAAGCUGUAAGAUGCCGUGCUGGCAACUCACAUCUACAGUAAACAUUAGUUUGUUUUUUUCUUUUCACAAAUUAGCAAGACAGACAUGUUAUCGUGUCUUUGUGUGUGUUCCUGCGGCCUCCCUCACUCAAGCAUGUUCUGAAGCUUCACUCCCUUUCCCUUCCCCUUAAUGCAUGCACAGCUAAGCUGAAAAAGAAAAGAGGAGGGCCCAGUGCAUGUAACCAGCGAUGCUUUUUACCAAUCACAGGGGUUUCCCCACCCUCUCUGUCUCCCUCCCUUUUAGUUCCCACCUACUGUCUCUAAGCACACCAACCAAAGAAAAAAAAGUGAUAAGCAGCAAGCAGCUUCUGGGUUUUGCUUUCAAGCGCACUCCUGCUGAAUCGGUGUGAGUGAGCAUGUAUGUGUGUGUGCGUGGGGCGUUCACUCACUCUCCUGCCACAGUAGCAACACAUUGCAGCAUCGUCCGCCCCGAACAAAAGGCUAAACGCAGCAAAGCCACAGGAGGAGAAACUCAGGGAUAGAAGCAGGCAGAGUGGCCCAGCGUGACUGCACUUCUCAGGGAGGAACUCAACCUGCCAUUUAACCAUCCGGGCCCCAGGGUGGAGACAGGACGGUGCACUAGACCAUCCCAGGCUGCCUGUCUGUCUGCCUGAGCUGAGGAAAACACCCUGUUACUGACAGUUUUGUCUUUCAUUCAUAUACCUCAGUCUCUGUCAUUCCUGCACCUGCCCUUCUGCACCUGGGUGUCUUUCCUUUUCAUCCACCUGUCUUUUGAGAUGUCAGACGAUGACUGCCGCUCGCCCAUUGGCCUGGACUGUUGCAGUUGCUGCCUGGACCUGGCCAAUGGCUGUGAUGAGUCCAUGUCCAGCAGUCCGGCUCAGGGCCUCGGUACUACUGGGGGCCUGCCAGGAAGCCCCACCAGCCCCAGUGUCAAUCACUUCCGCCAGCUCCGCAACCAGCUGAUGUACCAGAACCUGAACACGGACAAGCUGAACAACAUCAUGAGGCAGGACUCCCUGGAAUCGGUGGUGAGGGACCCCUGCUUCCUACUCAAUGAGGGGAUCUGCAACAGCAACAUUGAUCAAACUAUGCUGUCUAUACUGCUCUUCUUUCACAGUGCCUCUGGUGCUAGCGUUGUGGCCAUCGACAACAAGAUUGAACAGGCGAUGGAUCUUGUCAAGAACCACCUGAUGUACGCGGUGCGUGAGGAGGUGGAGAUCCUCAAAGAACAGAUCAAAGAGCUGGCGGAGAAGAACAACCAGCUUGAGAGGGAGAACUACCUGCUGAAGAACCUGGCCAGUCCAGAGCAACUGGAGAAAUUCCAAUCAUGCAUCCCGUCAGACGUGCUGUUACCCCUGGACAAUCAGAGCGCCCAGGUGACCCCAGACCAGCAGCAGCAGCAGCAGCAGCAGCAGACCUGCAUCCACAGCACAGGCUCUGCUGUGUAAGUGGCUCUGCCUUGGGGCGGGCAGAGCCACUGUCUCUUAACAGUAAUGGACCUCCAUUUGAACCUAAGUGUUACAAAAUCGCCGCCGCCGAGAACCCUUCAAAACAGUGAAGGUGAAGCAUCGGGGCUGUAAAUGAUCGAUGGGACACAAAAGAACUGUUGACACUGAUAAGCACAAAACAGAACUUAAGACGCUCUGACCGGUGCGGUGUCAGGCCCGUCCUCUGAUACCGUCCAACUCUUUGUCGUAGUCAAAGACAAAAGCGCUAAGAAUAGAGAGAGGGCUGACUAGACACAGACGAGCGCUUGCUUUCAGACAGGGGGGUGCUUUCCCUGCCUAGCCGAAAUCUUCCAACAAACACCCUUACCUCUAGAGUGGGGGGUGAGGAAGUGUUGAUCGGGCUGGCCCUGCAGGUGCUAACUUGGAAAGUGUGGGGGAGGUUGCUCCCUGCUCACCCAGAGCAGACCCAUCUGAGACGGUCCUCCGUGUCUCAACCAGAAGAGCCCCGUCAUGUGGAUUUGUCCGACUUCAAAAUACAAGUUUCAAGGACUCCCAGCCAUGCAUUUCAUCCACAUAACGAGGACUUUUCCUGUACCUACAAUGUAUUGCUCAUGUGUUCGUGUACAUUUAAGCAUAACAAGAAUAAUCAACAGGAUAAGCUAAGGCAACAGAGGUGGAGGUUAAUGCAGUAUAGCCUAUUAGAGCUGGUGGACCGCUGCAGUAGACUGAUCAGUAUACUGUGAUGAUUCAUAAAAUGUAAUCUUGUAUUGUCUGCAGUUGGGGCUUGCUGCUUAUAGGGGACAUUAAUCCUGCUAUAUCUUCUGUUUUUGUUUGUGAUUCUGAACAAAUACCAGUUGUUUGUAAAAUAGGAGCAUUGUACAGUGGUCUUAUAAGAUUUUUUUGUAAUCUAGGUGGACAGGCAUAUCUGCCCACCUUGUUUGCCUAGCUCUUCACAGUAAAGGAUAACUACAAUGUACAUAAAGUUAAAACGUCUUGAGGUAAACGUAGUGGCGAUGGUGAGCAAGCAGACGCCGGCAGUUGUCGCUGCAGAUGCACUCCUGAUUUUUUUGCAGCGUCGUCCAGUAUCUGGUCCGUUUCUUGCUCAGAUGCCAACUUAAACGAUGGCAUGACAACAGUGCCUGUCCGUAGUAAGAGGAACACAUUUCCACACUGAGCUGCUGUUGUUGUUGUUUUCUAGCUACCAAAGACUUCGCCUUUUUUUUUUUCUCACAACAACAGAAGCCGAGCAAACCAGGACCAUGUGUAAAACUUCACAGGGAGACGUCUUGUUUGUAGCUAGUGCUUAAGUUUCUAUGUGUUUUGUAAAGAUAACGGUAUUGUUGCUGUAAAGUAUCCUCCUAACAGUUGUUCACUAUGGUGUUUGGAUACGACUGCACAUUUGCAAUAAACCUUAUGUUUACACAAUACAA